ACAAAUCCCAAAUUAAUCCCUGAACCCUGUUACGGUUUUGUUCAUAUUUUAUCGUGAAACCGGUUUCACUCUCGAUUCACACGGAAACGGAGCUGUAGCAUGAGAAGUGAGGUGGGGGCUGUGAGUAUUAGCAAUUCAUAUCCGAGGCCACGCACACACACACAUACACACUCACACACAUAUACAUAUACACACACAGCAGCAUGGCUAACAUCGCGGUGCAGAGGAUAAAACGGGAAUUUAAAGAAGUCCUUAAAAGCGAAGAGACGAGCAAAAACCAGAUUAAAGUCGAUCUGGUGGAUGAGAACUUCACAGAACUGAAGGGGGAGAUCGCAGGACCACCUGACACACCUUACGAAGGUGGUCGAUACCAGCUAGAAAUUAAAAUUCCAGAAACAUAUCCCUUCAAUCCUCCAAAGGUACGGUUUAUUACAAAGAUCUGGCAUCCCAACAUCAGCUCAGUAACUGGUGCCAUAUGUCUGGAUAUUUUAAAGGACCAGUGGGCGGCGGCCAUGACACUCCGGACAGUGCUGCUGUCUCUACAGGCCUUACUGGCAGCGGCAGAGCCAGACGAUCCACAGGAUGCAGUGGUGGCCAAUCAGUAUAAGCAGAACCCAGAGAUGUUUAAGCAGACGGCUCGGCUCUGGUCACACGUUUACGCAGGUGCACCAGUCUCCAGUCCAGACUACACACGCAAAAUAGACAAACUCUGUGCUAUGGGCUUUGAUAAAAACGCAGUAAUAGUGGCAUUGUCGUCAAAAUCCUGGGAUGUAGAAACGGCUACGGAAUUGUUGCUUAGCAACUGAACCUACAGCACCAUGAUCACCACCCACGCCCCAUUAUCCAGAUUUCCCACACCUCUGACUCCGCCCAUGUCCAAGUUGGAUUCACUUCCUAUAUGGAUAAAAAAGCACCUCGACUCCCCAACACAAUGCAUUUACGAGUCCCUUACAUCUUUUUCUCUCUCCGUUUGACAUUACAGUCUCUUCCUAAACUCUCACAUCAUCUCAAACUUACGUCGUCUCCCACCCCCCUUCUGAUUUAAGUGUGCCUUUCCCUCAACAGUAUUCCGUAUUUCUCACCUUUUGUCAUCGCCAUCCUCUGUGUCCUCCUCAUACUGAUCACGUAAUACUUACCACAGUGCUGGACGUUUCCAAAUCUUCCCCCUCCUCCAUUUUGCACAAUCACUCAAGCUCUUUUAUGUGGAAUCCCAUCUUUACGAUGCCAGUAAAUCAAAAUAAAAAACACUCCAACACCACUCUCACAUUUGACACACAUUACACUAUUGCGAAAGAUCAAGACUGGAAUACACACAAAAAAAAAAACAAUAAAGAGAGUAAGAAAGGAAGUAAACAAUCACACUCACUGAACAAAGCAUUGACUGCAGAAACAGCAGAAGAAAGAAAAGAUUUCAUCUGUAAAUAAAGCUAUUAAAGUCUGUAUAAAUUCAAGCAAUGUGGCGAUGCUUUUAUUUAUUAUUGUUUUAAGGAAAAGUGAAAUAAACCGAAGAGUUUUGUGGCUAAUACAGCAAGUUCAUUGUGCUAAGUGUUUUUCUUUUCUUUUUUUUCUUUUUUUAAAAUGUUUUUUUUUAAAUACUAACUACUUUGCAUCCCCCAACAUUUUUAAAGUUAGUUAGCUAGAUUUGUUUGGGAAUAUACCCAAUGUCACUUGGCAGGCUUUUGGUACAUUAUUUUCUAACAUUUCUACUUUUUUUGUUUGUUUGUUUGUUUUUUAACAUUUACAUUUUCAAGUACUACCUAGCUAGUUUUGCUUGGGGAUAUUUCCUAACUUUAGCUAAAUUACUUUAGGAAUAUCCUCUAAUGUUAACUGACUAGCUUUAGGUACUUUUAACAUUACUUUCCAGUUUUAGCUAGCUUGUUUUUAAUUUCUAAUGUCAAUUAGCUAGUUUGGUUGGGGGAUAUUCACUAACGUUAGCUAAAUUGCUUUGGGAGUAUUAUUUUAACUGGCUUGCUUUUAACAUUGGAAGGUGAGUACACACUCGUUGUUCAAGGUGAUAAGCUGAACAUGGAAGCUAGCGAUUGGCCAAGGCAUGUUGGUAAAUGCUAAGGAAACACUGACUAGAAUUACACUAAUGUCAACAUUGCACCACAGCUAGUGAAUUUAGCUUUCAAGAAAAUCCCACUACCCAUUUGUGAAUAUUGUUGUAAACAAACACACACACACACACACACACACA